AUGGCUGAAAUUGGCAAAGCCAAAACUCUGCAAAACACUGGAAAAUUCGUUAGCGAAAACAGAACUGAAGGCGAUGACUUUUACAACGAGGCAGGCUACCGUCAGUCGCGGGAGAAUGAUAAAAUUGAUUCAAAAUAUGGCUUCGAUAGAGUCAAGGAUAGCCAGGAGCGCACUGGCUAUCUCAUCAAUAUGCAUGCGAACGAAGUGCUGGAUGAGGAUCGUCGGUUGAUAGCCGCCUUGGAUCUUUUCUUUAUCCAAAUGGAUGGAUCCCGCUUCAAGUGCACAGUGGCCUACAAGCCCUAUUUGCUGGUGCGACCCGAUGACAACAUGCACCUGGAGGUGGCACGCUUCUUGGGGCGCAAAUACUCCGGACAGAUCGCCAGCCUGGAGCACAUAUCCAAAGAGGAUCUGGACCUGCCCAACCAUCUGUCAGGCUUGCAGCAGAACUACCUGAAGCUCUCGUUCCUCAACCAGACGGCCAUGACGAAGGUGCGUCGCGAGCUAAUGGCCGCCGUGCGGCGUAACACGGAGCGGCAGAAAUCCAACACGUACUACAUGCAAAUGCUGGCGACAUCCUUGGCCCAAUCCUCGGCGAACACGGAGGAGGGGCUGGGCAAGCGGCAGCAGGACUACAUGGACUGCAUCAUGGACAUACGCGAGCACGAUGUGCCCUACCAUGUGAGGGUCUCCAUAGAUCUGCGAAUAUUCUGCGGGCUGUGGUACAACAUUCGCUGCAGGAGCGGCGUGGAGAUGCCUCACAUCUCGCCGAGGCCGGAUAUCUUGGACAGACCCGAACCCGUGGUCCUGGCCUUCGAUAUAGAGACCACUAAGCUGCCGCUGAAGUUUCCCGAUGCCCAAACGGAUCAGAUAAUGAUGAUAUCCUACAUGAUCGAUGGCCAGGGAUUUCUGAUAACCAACCGGGAGAUUAUCUCCUCGAAUGUGGACGACUUUGAGUACACCCCAAAGCCGGAAUUCGAGGGGAAUUUCGUGGUCUACAACGAGGACAACGAGAUGCAGCUCCUGCAGAAGUUCUUCGAUCACAUCAUGGAGGUGCGUCCCCACAUCAUUGUCACCUACAACGGGGACUUUUUCGACUGGCCUUUUGUGGAGACGCGUGCCGCCGUCUACGACCUGGAUAUGAAGCAGGAGAUUGGCUUCUCCAAGAUGCGGGAUGGCAUCUAUCUGAGUCGCCCCUCCAUCCACAUGGACUGCCUCUGCUGGGUGAAACGUGACUCAUACCUACCGGUGGGCUCUCAGGGCCUCAAGGCUGUGGCCAAAGCCAAACUGCGCUACGAUCCCGUGGAGCUGGAUCCCGAGGACAUGUGCCGCAUGGCCGUAGAGCAGCCCCAGGUGCUGGCCAACUACUCGGUGUCGGAUGCGGUGGCCACGUACUACCUCUACAUGAAGUACGUGCAUCCGUUCAUCUUUGCCCUGAACACCAUCAUUCCCAUGGAACCCGACGAGAUUCUGCGCAAGGGCUCGGGCACCCUCUGUGAGACGCUGCUCAUGGUGGAGGCCUACCACGCGAACAUCGUCUAUCCCAACAAGCAACAGGCGGAGCUGAACAAGCUCUCCAACGAGGGUCAUGUCCUGGACUCCGAGACCUAUGUCGGCGGCCAUGUGGAAGCUCUGGAGUCUGGUGUGUUUCGGGCGGAUAUCCCCUGUCGCUUCCGGCUGGAUCCCACGAUGGUGAAGCAGCUUAUGGAGCAAAUCGAUGGUGUCCUGCGUCAUGCCAUCGUCGUGGAGGAGGGCAUACCCAUGGAGCAGGUCCUGAAUCUCGAGGAAGUCAAACAGGAGAUUCUCCAAGGCUUGCAGGGCCUUCACGACAUACCCAAUCGUCUGGAGCAGCCGGUCAUCUAUCAUUUGGAUGUGGGUGCCAUGUACCCCAAUAUCAUUCUGACGAAUCGCCUGCAACCCUCGGCGAUGGUCAGCGACCUGGACUGUGCCGCCUGUGACUUCAACAAGCCCGGGGUCCGGUGCAAACGCUCCAUGGACUGGCUGUGGCGCGGAGAGAUGCUGCCUGCGUCGCGCAACGAGUUCCAGCGGAUCCAGCAGCAGCUGGAGACGGAAAAGUUUCCAUCGCUCUUCCCGGGCGGACCGACGCGCGCCUUCCACGAGCUCUCCAAGGAGGACCAGGCGGCGUACGAGAAGAAGCGUCUGUCAGACUACUGCCGCAAGGCAUACAAGAAGACGAAGCUCACAAAACUGGAGACCCGCAACUCGACCAUCUGCCAGAAGGAGAACAGCUUCUAUGUGGACACGGUGCGCGCCUUCAGGGACCGCCGAUACGAGUACAAGGGUCUCACGAAGGUGGCCAAGGCCUCAGUCACGUCCGCUGUGGCCUCGGGGGAUGCAGCCGAGAUCAAGGCGGCAAAGGGCAGAGAGGUGCUCUACGAUUCCCUGCAGCUGGCCCACAAGUGCAUCCUGAACUCCUUCUACGGCUAUGUGAUGCGACGAGGUGCUCGCUGGCACUCGAUGCCCAUGGCGGGUAUUGUCUGCCUCACGGGAUCGAAUAUCAUCACCAAGGCGCGGGAGAUCAUCGAGCGGGUGGGUCGUCCCUUGGAACUGGACACGGAUGGUAUAUGGUGCAUACUGCCAGGAUCCUUUCCGCAGGAGUUCACCGUGCAAACGAGCCACGAGAAGAAAAAGAAGAUCAACAUCUCCUACCCGAAUGCAGUGCUCAAUACAAUGGUCAAGGAUCACUUUACCAACGAUCAGUACCACGAAUUGAGGAAGAACGAGGAUAAAGAGGGCGAAUAUCCCGCUCCCCAGUAUGACAUCCGUGAUGAGAAUUCCAUUUUCUUUGAGGUGGAUGGUCCCUAUCUCGCCAUGGUCCUGCCCGCCGCCAAGGAGGAGGGCAAGAAGCUAAAAAAACGCUAUGCAGUCUUCAACUUCGAUGGAUCCCUGGCGGAGCUCAAGGGUUUCGAGGUGAAGCGUCGCGGCGAACUGCAGUUGAUCAAGAAUUUCCAGAGCUCCGUGUUCGAGGCCUUCCUGGCGGGCAGCACCUUGGAGGAGUGCUAUGGAUCGGUGGCCAAAGUGGCCGACUACUGGCUGGAUGUCCUCUACAGUCGCGGCUCCAAUCUGCCCGACUCGGAGCUAUUCGAGCUGAUUGCCGAGAACAAGUCGAUGUCGAAGAAGCUGGAGGAGUACGGCGCCCAGAAGAGCACCUCCAUUUCGACGGCCAAGCGGCUGGCCGAGUUCCUGGGCGAGCAAAUGGUCAAGGAUGCGGGUCUCGCCUGCAAAUACAUCAUCUCCAAGAAACCCGAAGGUGCUCCCGUCACGGAGCGGGCCAUUCCGCUGGCCAUCUUUCAGUCGGAGGCGAGUGUGCGGCGGCAUCAUCUCCGUCGCUGGCUCAAGGACAACACCAUGGGUGACGCGGACAUCAGGGAUGUCCUUGAUUGGAACUACUACAUCGAGCGGUUAGGUGGCACCAUACAGAAGAUCAUCACUAUUCCAGCGGCCCUGCAGGGACUGGCCAAUCCCGUGCCGAGGGUCCAGCAUCCCGACUGGCUGCACAAGAAGAUGCUGGAGAAGAACGAUGUCCUCAAGCAGCGGCGCAUCAAUGAGAUCUUCACGAGUCGCCCGAAACCGAAGCCGGCGCUGGAGGACAAGCAACUGGAGCUGCGGGACAUGGAGGAUCUCGCGGGCAAGGAAAUUGAGGACCCCACAGGCUUGCCAAUGGUCACAAAGAGGAAACGAGUCCAACUGGAGGAAGGCGAGGAGGAGGAGACGCCGCAGGCCACUACCUGGAGACAGGCUCUGGGCGCCCCACCGGCCAUUGGCGACACCCGCAAGACCAUCGUCGAGUGGGUGCGUUUCCAGAAGAAGAAGUGGAAAUGGCAGCAAGAGCAGCGCCAGCGAUCGCGACAGGCCUCCAAGCGGGUGCGCAACGAAGAGGCACCGAUCCCCAGGGCCCCCGGAGCCACAGCCACUUUGGGAGGAUUCCUGAGGCGUGCACAGCGCACGCUGUUGGACCAGCCCUGGCAGAUCCUGCAGCUAGUGCCAGUCGAUGAUUUGGGACACUUUACCGUGUGGGCUCUCAUCGGAGAGGAGUUGCAUCGGAUAAAGCUCACGGUGCCCAGGAUUUUCUAUGUGAAUCAGAGGAGCGCUGCCCCUCCAGAGGAGGGACAACUGUGGCGCAAGGUGAACCGCGUGCUUCCCCGCUCCCGACCCAUGUUCAAUCUGUAUCGAUACAGCGUGCCCGAGCAGCUCUUUCGUGAUAAUUCCCUGGGAAUGCUGGCGGAUCUGGCCACGCCAGACAUCGAGGGCAUCUACGAGACGCAAAUGACGCUGGAAUUCCGAGCCCUCAUGGACAUGGGCUGCAUCUGUGGCGUGCAGCGCGAGGAGUCCCGUCGCCUGGCCAUGCUUUCCACCAAGGAGCUGGAGAGCUUCAGCAUCGAGCAGCUGGAACAGCGGCCCCAGACGCAGGUCCAGUACCUGGCGAUGGCCAAUGCGCGGAUGCGGAAGAUCUACUUGUAUCAACACAACACUCCGACGGCCAAGAAGGAAAUCUGGUCGCUCAUACUGAUGCCCAGCAAGAAGGGUUACAUCUUCGCCCUGGACACGGUGCGUGCCAAUCAGAUGCCCAAUCUCCGGCAGAUGUACGCCGCCGAGCGGCUGGCUCUACUCAAGAAUCUCACGGCGGCGGAGCAGGAGAAGAUACCAGCCGAGGACUACACCUUUGAGGUGGUCAUCGAAGUGGAUGUCAAGCAGAUCUACAGGCACAUUCAGCGCGCCCUGACCACCUACAAGCAGGAGCACCAGGGACCCACCAUGAUCUGCUUGCAGACGGCGCUGGAGGCGAGAAAACUCUCGCUGGCCAUGCCCAUUCUGUUGGAGUUUCCCCAGGCCCAGAUCCACAUCUCGGAUGAUGCCAGCCUGCUCUCGGGCUUGGAUUGGCAGCGACAGGGCACCAGGGCCGUGGUUCGGCACUUCCUGAACCUCAACAAUGUCCUCGAUCUGAUGCUGGAUCAGUGUCGGUACUUCCACGUACCCAUUGGCAACAUGCCCCCCGACACAGUUCUCUUUGGAGCGGAUCUGUUCUUCGCCCGCCUUCUGCAGCGCCACAAUUUUGUGCUCUGGUGGUCCGCGAGUACGAGGCCGGAUCUGGGCGGACGCGAGGCGGACGACAGUCGACUACUGGCGGAAUUCGAGGAGAACAUCAGCGUGGUGCAGAACAAGGCGGGCUUCUAUCCGGAUGUCUGUGUAGAACUGGCGCUGGACAGCCUGGCAGUGAGUGCGCUGCUGCAGUCGAACAAGAUUCAGGAGAUGGAGGGCGCCUCCUCGGCCAUCACCUUCGAUGUGAUGCCACAGGCCUCCCUGGAGGAGAUGAUCGGCACUGUGCCGGCGGCCACUCUCCCCAGCUACGAUGAGACGGCCCUCUGCUCCGCGGCCUUUCGCGUGAUGCGUUCCAUGGUGAACGGCUGGCUGCGGGAGGUGUCCAUCAAUCGGAACAUCUUCUCCGACUUUCAGAUCGUGCACUUCUAUCGCUGGGUGCGGUCCAGCAAUGCCCUGCUCUACGAUCCUGCCCUGAGGAGAUCCCUCAACAAUCUCAUGCGAAAGAUGUUCCUGCGGAUCAUAGCGGAGUUCAAGCGCCUGGGCGCCACCAUCGUCUAUGCGGACUUCAAUCGGAUUAUCCUCAGCUCAGGGAAGAAGACCGUGUCGGAUGCCCUGGGCUAUGUGGACUACAUUGUCCAGAGCCUGAGGAACAAGGAAAUGUUCCACUCGAUUCAGCUGUCCUUCGAGCAGUGCUGGAACUUUAUGCUCUGGCUGGACCAGGCCAACUUCUCCGGGAUCCGUGGGAAGCUGCCCAAGGGCAUAGAUGAGACAGUGUCCUCCAUUGUGUCCACCACCAUGCGGCAGGAGAGGGAUAGAAAUCGCGAGGAGGAUGACGACGAUGAUGAUGAUGAUGAUGAGGAGGAGAACAGGGAUCCCUCAGCCAAUGCUGACCAAGAGCCAGAGGCAGAGGAUGAGCUAGCUCUAGAGCUCAAUUGGACCAUCGGGGAGCGGCUGCCCGAGGAGAACGAAUGCCGGGAGAAAUUCGAGUCGCUCAUUACUCUCUUCAUGCAGUCCCUCGCCGAGCGGAAGACCACGGAGCAGGCCAUCAGAGACAUCUCGCACUGUGCCUUUGACUUUAUCCUCAAGCUGCACAAGAACUAUGGCAAGGGGAAGCCCAGUCCGGGACUGGAGCUGAUCCGCACCAUGAUCAAGGUGCUGAGUGUGGACAAGACCCUCGCGGAGCAGAUCAACGAGCUGCGGCGGAACAUGCUGCGUCUCGUGGGCAUCGGCGAGUUCUCGGACAUGGCCGAGUGGCAGGAUCCCUGCGACAGCUACAUCAUCAACGAGGUCAUCUGCAAGGCUUGCAAUCACUGUCGCGAUUUGGAUCUCUGCAAGGACAAGCAUCGCGCCAUGAAGGAUGGCAUACCUGUCUGGUUGUGCGCCCAGUGCUAUGUGGCCUACGACAACGAGGAGAUUGAGAUGCGCAUGCUGGAUGCCCUGCAGCGCAAGAUGAUGUCCUUCGUACUGCAGGAUCUGCGCUGUGCCCGCUGCAACGAGAUCAAGCGCGAGAAUCUGGCCGAAUUCUGCACCUGUGCGGGUAACUUUGUGCCCCUCAUCAGCGGCAAGGACAUCCAGACACUGCUCCAGACAUUCAGCAAGGUGGCCACAAACCACAAGAUGCAGCUGCUCCAGCAAACAGUGCAGCAGGCCAUCGAUACCCCCAGAUAGGGUUUUGUUUCGUUCUUCGUCUUAGAUUAAGGAAAUCAUUUGUAUCGAUAGCAUCUAAAUAUACGAGUACAUAAGCGUUAUAAGAGA